UCUUCUGAUUCUCUCAGAUGUCAUUGCCUGGUGACUGAGCUCUUACAAUUUUUUUAAUCUGUUCAUGAUUAUAUAAAUUCGAAUCCAUUUUGAAUUGAGGUUAUAAAUAACUGUACUGAAAGCACUUCUCUAUUUAAUUAUUCUUCUUUCUUCAUUUUCCAGUACACAGUUGUAAAAUAUAUAUUGGAUUACCAAAAUUGAUUUAUUGAAACCACUCUAACAAAGCUGAUUCUUAUGGCAUAUAAUAAUCUCUUUAUGGGUUUUAUCUUACAUAAACCACUCUAACAAAGCUGGCAUCUUUUGAUCCAUGAGCUAUGUUAAAUGGAAUAUCCAUUCAAAAAAUCCUAUCCCGGAACUGAUAUCAUCCCUUGGACUGUUGUCUUGGAGGUUAGCGCAUUUGUCUUUUCUGCCGUUUCUUAGGUAUAUAUAGCCUUGGUGAUCUCUGUAUUAUGGUUUUGCUCAAAAAAUAAUUACCGACGGCCUCGUCUAACUAAUAAGUUUGUCAGCUAAUAGUUUAUUUUGGUUUUACAAUAGAAUGGUUUAGCUAAUUGAUGUCUUGUUGUUGCUGGCUGUUAUCACAACUUGUGUCCACCAAAUUGUAUCAUAUGCCCCCUUCCCCUUUCCCAUUCCCAUGUCUUUUGUAUUUGCCAGUGGUUCGGUAAAAUAGUAGGCUUUCCUCUAUCUUUUACUCUUAUGUUAGCCCAUUCACUUGUAAAUGUGGUCUUUUUAAUUCAUCAAAGCACCAGUGGUCUAAUGGUAGAAUAGUAUCCUGCCACGGAACAGACCUGGGUUCGAUUCCCGGCUGGUGCAUGAUUCAUUGUAGUAGAGCUGUGAUGAUAUUUGGUUUAGCGAUGGUUGGGUCCUUCGCAUUCUUCUGAUCAAUUUCAGAAGUGAUUGCCAUGUGACUGAGCUCUUUAUUUUUGCGUGUGUGCGCUAAGUGUUCAAAUCAAAUUUGAUCUAACGUAAGAAGUAGCUGUUCUCAAAGUAUAUGUAGUGCAUUUGUGUGCUUUUAGUCAAUGAGUGUGAGGUAGUGAGAAAAUUUCCUCAUGAAUUGAACUAAGAUAAGCUAUCGAGUCUAAGAGGUAGUGUUGAUUCUUGAAAACAAAGGUUGAGAGUUGAAGAUUUUGUGACAGUUACCUAUCGUCUCAUGGAGAAAAUGAAUACGUCUGUGUUUAACAUUAUAACAAUUAUACAGUGGGCUAAUAAAUAUAUACUCCCUCUGUUUCCGAAAUGUUCUGAAUGUAAGAUUUUUUAGAGUAUGCACACUUAUUAAAAAUUUAAUAAAUAUUUAUAAUUUAAUUUAUUUUUUACUUUAUUAUACAUUUCCAAUAACUUCUCACCAAUGGAAUUUAAUCAAUUCAAAUAUUUCAAUUAAUAUUCUUCAAUGGUAUAAAAAAAAUACUUUAACAAUAUAGAAAACUUAUCUCUGUGAAACAAAAAAAAUCUAAAAAGUUUUAGUUUCCAGAACUGAAGGAGUAUGAUAUACGUCGUUGAAUUAAAUGUAUGUAUACAAGAUCGCUUCAAGGCUAUUUAUGUACGUCUAUAAUUUGAAGAUUUUGUGACAGCCAGCUACCCCGAUAGUGUACAAUCUGUCCUGUCAUAACGUCUGUAUAACCGUGCGGCUCAAGGUGUUUUGACAUUGGGUGAAAAUUAAAUUAAAUGCUUGAUCCAACUUUUAAGAUAUUAUUGGAUUUUUUCUAUCCUUUUUUUUUUUGCUUAGUGAUAAGUUGAUAACACAUGCUGUGUAUAUUUAAAAGGAAUUCAAGACAUUUUAUUUUUAGUUAAAAUCGAAAUUUUAACGAUUAUAGUCCUUAGACAAGCAAUUACGUAAAAAUAAAAUAAUCGAUCCAACGUUUAAGAAUAUACUGUAUUGGAUUGUGGGAACAAAGAGAGAUUUUGCUAUUUUCCUUUUUGGUUUGGUGACUACAUUAUCUUUUGUGGUGAAAUAUAAAAAGAAGGAAACUGAGAGUUGCAGAAAAAGGAAAUUGGGAGUUGUCGACGCGUUAUCCGUAUAUAUAUAUAUUUUAUUUGUUGUGACGCUCUCUGAUCAAACGUUAUUUGCGAAGUCUCUCAUAUUUCACUUCACUUAGGGUUUCUUUCUUCUAAGCUUAGAGAAUCCAUCUUCAACUGUUUGCAAUGGCGGGACCAGAUUUGUUCUUUGUUAAGCUUCUCGGCAAAGGUUCGUUUGGUUCGGUCAGUCUCUAUCAAGGCGUACGCUACGACGGCGCUAUGGUCUCCGUAGCCGUCAAAACCUCGGACAGUCAACAUGCGGAGUCUCUCUUCAGAGAGGUACAAAUACUGUCGGAAUUCAAAGGGUGUCCGAGAAUCGUCCAGUGCUACGAGACAAGAGUGGAAGCAAGUCUCAACCGAUUUAAUGGUAGCGUGGAGUACAAGAUUCCCUUGGAGUACGCUCCUGGUGGAAGCCUGAUGAGUUUCAUCAAAACAUUCAAAGACAAUAAACUGCCUGAUCCUAUGAUCAGAGACUUUACUCGUAUGCUUCUCCAAGGCUUAGCCACGAUUCACGCACACGGUUACGUUCACUGCGACCUCAAACCAGAGAACAUCCUCGUUUUCCCUAGCUACAUCAACAACAACGGCGCUUGGAGUUCUUCUUUCGAGUUGAAGAUUUCUGAUUUCGGCUUGUCGAGAAGGGAAGGAGACAGUAGCUGGUGGGAACCUAAUCAUCCGUUCGCGGGAACAUCGAUCUACAUGUCUCCUGACUCGGUUUCGUACGGGGAGACAGGGAAAGACCUCGACUUGUGGUCGUUGGGGUGCUGUGUACUGGAGAUGUACACUGGGGAGGGACCUUGGUGUCAUAAGAACUAUGAAGUGGAUGAUCUCAUGAAUGGCCAAGAGCCGCUGAUUCCGAGUUACCUUCCUUUCGAAGCAAAACUCUUUAUCAUGACUUGCUUUGCGCCGAGGACAAAAGACGCGACAAGAUUGUUGAAGCAUAUCUUCGUACGUGGAGACGAGGGGAAGAUGAUCACACAGCCUUCUCCUGUGAGUGAUAAUAUAAAGGCAGAAUCAGCUCUCCAUCUGGCGAACUUUGUUAGAAGGAAUGUUUCUACAACCAAAACCAUUCGUGUGCUUGCUGCUGCUCAAGUCAUGCCUAACAAGACCAUCAUGGCCUAGCUUUGCUCCUGUUCCACUACCUCAUCUUCUUUAAUCAGUAGUUCAUCUCGUUUAUUUUAAUUGAUUUGGUAGAGAAUUAUGUAUAUUGGCUUUUUAUCUAUAAAACAAUUUGAUACUUCAUCUUUUCUUCUUAUUCAUAUAUCUUUUCUCCUUUGACUAGUUGAAUUGUAUAUAUGUGUAUGUGUACAAGUUCGCUUGGAGAUUGUUUAUUACUAUAACUUUUAUAACUUCCAUGAUUAUUACUAAGAAAAAUAACUGGCUUACAAUAUUUAAGCAUUGAUAUAAGAAUUUCCCAGAAUUGGGGUGUUUGUCUUUAAAACAACACAAGAUUACAGAACACCCUGAACAGGUAAACAAAUUAUAUCAAGAUAAUCAUCUAGGCAUUGUAUAUGAGCUCCAUUUAUGGUUAACUACCCAAACCAGGUUUACAAACCUCGGUGAUUCUGCCACAUAUUUAUUCUUGCUAGGUCACUAUCAAAACAAUAUCAUGAUCAACUCUGCUUGCCUGAGGAACAAUCAUUCUGUAAAUAAGAUCUGAAACCCCAAACUCUCUCUCUCCCUCUCUCCCUCCCUCCCUCCCAUUCUGUUUCCGUCUUGUGGAUGUAUAAAGAUUGAGGAUAAAUAAGAUCUCUGUAAUCAAGUAAUCAAUAAGCACCAGUGGUCUAGUGGUAGAAUAGUACCCUGCCACGGUACAGACCCGGGUUCGAUUCCCGGCUGGUGCAUAAACAGCUGUGAAGAAAUUGGCAAUAGCGUUGGUUGGGUCCUUCGCAGUCAUCUGCUUAAUGUGAUGAGAUAUGCCACCACUGAGCUCUUCUUUUGUUUAUUUUUCAAACUUUUUCUUAACUAACAUUCUCUUCUCAUUGUGUUUAUCUUUAUAUUCUAAUUAUGAACAUUUUCUUCUAACAUAUAACAAUGUCCCAGAGAUUUUUUUUUUUUUUUUGGUUCUAACACUUUCUUCCGCUCUGUCCUUAACAUAUAACAAUGUCUCAAAUAAUGGGUCCUCUAAUUAGAUUUUAAUAUAAUACUGUAGUUUUUUUUAUAAUAAACAAGACAUGUUUACAAGACUGUAAAUAUACAAACAAAAGUUUCAUUCUUUAUCAUGAAACAGUAACCUGUCCCUUUGUCACAACAGCUUGGUCAUGAUGGUAUAUGGUGUCUGAUACUUUGCUCGGUGGCCAAUACCGGAACAGAUCUUCCAACAAUGUUCUCUAUUGGGAGAGGACCCCUGCAUACACAAUCCCCAACAAUUAAAAACUGAUCACAAGAAUGCUCAUGAUACGCUUCGAGAUUUACCAGUUACGAGAAUCAAAGCUCUUGUUGCGAUUGUCUCCGAGUACAAAGACAUAACCUUUGGGAACAGACUGCAGAUGA